AUGACUCUACUUCAACAACACGCGAUUGAAAUACUGCUUGUGGUUUGUGCGAGCAUCAGCGCUAAUGCUAACCUCGUAUACCAGACUGGCGGCGAUAGGCCAAGUCCUGUACUACGAGACGAAGCGACUCCUCCUCCGACGCCUGCUCCUGAUAAUCUGCUCUUCAGACGCACCAUUCCCCCUGGUCAGACCACAGGAUGCGGAUAUGUCUCGGGAACUCAGGCCUGGUCGGCGUGCCCAUCAGGCCAGUGGUGCCAUUUUAACUCGCGUGAAUUGGUACUUGGCUGCUGCGGUCCCGAUGCAAAUUGCACCCUUGUGACACAAUGCGAACCAUAUAACCCCGUGAAUGCAGGGACAAUUGAUAGUUACGAUGGCACGACUUUCUGCACCGAGGCACAAUUGCCCUCUUGCGUAGUCCUCUCGUAUGCUGGCUCGCCGUAUGGCGGGUACAGUCGGCUGGUGUGUAAUACCCAAGGAGGAACAUUACCAAUCUACUUUAAUUAUAAUUCGACUGCACCCUCGACUACUCCGACUACCACUCCCAUUCCACCGACUAUUACACAUACUGUGAUACCACAGCCAUCUCCACCCGUCGGCGCUAUAGUGGGAGGCGUCGUCGGGGGAGUUGCUGGCCUGGCUUUGGCAGUUGCUUUAGCCUUCUUCCUCAUACAUCGAAGGAAACGGCCGACCGGUUCUAGUCCUCAACAACCAGUUGUCUCGGGCCCCAUGGCGGACCAGGGCUUCGAGGGCUACACACAAGAGUACUUUGAUCAGAUGCACCGAGGUAGCGUGGGCAAAUCUUCAACAGCAAUGACGCCCGGCUCCGUGGCAACUCCUCCGACCUGGCAGCACGGGACCAAUUAUUACAGCGAACUAGGCACGUCGACGGCACCAGCGCCGUAUGACCCGUCCGUUCCUCAUGAGAUGCCUGUUUCAAGGCCGGAACGUGAACCGCAAGAAAUGCCAGAGAGAUAUUAA